AUGUGGCACGCACCACAGGCUCGGCAUAGCCUUCACGCCCAGCUCGCCGGAGCAGCUGCUCCCCAGCGGGUAGUCAUCUCUGGCUACCCUCUCCUCGUUUCGUUUGGUUCCUUCGCCGGCGUCGGCCGCUUCUUCCUGACUGCCUGUGCCUCUCCGUCGCAUGUGGCGCCUUCUCUGCAGGGUCGUGACGAUGUCUGGAGGGUGCUCUCGAGAGUGGUGCGGAUCUGUGGGAGCGGCGGCCUGUGCUACGCUGGACCUACGGCUGACCAGAGUUGGCGUCUUCCUGUCUGCUGGGACCGGCGAGGCUGGUAUGGUUCUUUGGGAUCCCAUGCUACUGCAUUUGCUGCUUGUGAUCGAUAUUUGGUUGAUCUGUACAGAUUUCUGACAUUUGGGGUGGGGUUUUUCCUUUUUUUCCCCGGCGUCCGUUCGCCCUCGAUUGGGCAUUCUUGCACUGCCGUCACUUCCCUGCUUUCUGAGGAGGCCGGAUGGCGCCAGGUGUUCUUCUGCCUUGCGUCGACCCAGCUGGUGAAGGAGAAUUUACGUCUUCAAAGUGUUGCUAAUUGUGUGUUCCUCUCUUGGUCUUGUGCUUUCUAUGUGGCUCUGUUGACUUCUGGACGGUGGGUAGCUUCGUAUUCUGGACGUUCGGAUUAUGGACUUCCAGAAUAUGAAUGUAGAUAUUGCCAUGCUACCUUCUGGCUCCGUGAAUGUGCUAGGGGACAGUCAAGCGUGAGAAACGGUAACAUUGUUUACAACAGAUGUUGUAAGGGUGGUAAGAUUGUGAUACCUCCAUUUAGGGAGCGGCCUGAGCCCCUAGCUUCUUUGGCUAGAUUUGAUGGUGAUGCUCGGUGUAAACGUUUCCUAAACAAUAUACGCCAAUACAAUUGUUUGUCUGCUUUCACUUCGAUGGGUGCAAAUAUGGAUAGAUCUAUGAACGAUGGUCGUGGACCUCCUGUGUUUAAGAUAUCUGGCUAA